AAUAACUCAGUUCCUUAAAAGCUCAUGUUUUCCUAUAAAUAAUAUUAAUUUUAAAAAGAAAAUGUGUGAUCAAAAUGAAAGCUGAAUAACUAAGAUAAAUGCAUAUAAUUAUAAAUCAAUUAUAGAGGACUAAAAUGAUAAAAAUAUGUAAUAUAAGUGACUAAAAUAGUAAAAAUUAUAUAACAAAAACUAAACAUUUUAUUUUCGAAGCAGAAAAUUAAAGAAAGUUCAAAUUCAUGUGGAAAUGUGCCAUCUAUCCUCUGUAAGUGAGAACUCUAUAACCAAAAUAUCAACAAUUCCACUGCAAAUAACAAGAACACAGUUCCCUUACGUUUGCUAGUACUUUGUCCUGUCUUUAUAAAUAUGCAGAAUCCCGCACUUUUCCUGUCACCUGUUCCCUUGGCUUUGAUUCAAUUAAAACCUACUACUACUCUAACUUUACCUGCCCUCAAACUUUCUUUUUCCUUUCAAAUUUUUGAACUUUUGAAUGCCCCAUAUUUUAUGUUCAGUUAAGUUCUCUCAUCAUCAUCUUCAUUUGAGCUUUUGUGUAAAAAGCAAUGGCAACAACCGAUUCAAGAGGCAAAACAGAGUUGCCAAUGAACAAGAGAUAUCAAGAAACCAGUCCUGACAGAACCCUUGUUUGGUUCGAAAGAAAAAAACCAAACAAUGAUCAGAAAGUUCCUGUUGUUUACUACUUGUCCCGCAAUGGCCAUCUUGAACAUCCUCAUUUCUUAGAAGUCCCUCUUUCUUCUCCACAAGGACUGUUUCUCAAAGAUGUUAUAAAUAAACUAAACACCCUCCGAGGUGAUGGCAUGGCUAACAAGUUCUCCUGGUCUUCAAAAAGAUUUCAUUACAGGAGCUACAAGAAUGGAUUUGUGUGGCAAGAUUUAUCCGAGAACGACUACAUAUACCCUUGUAAUGGACGUGAAUACAUCCUCAAAGGCUCACUAUUGUUAGAAUCUUCUCUAAGCUUUCGUUCUUAUGAAACAGUUUCUUCAACUUCAUCAAUAUCAAAAAAUUCUUCAGUGACAUACAGUUCAAGUGAAGAUUCCAAUGUUGCUGGGAAAACUAGAAGGAAACAUCAUUCAUGGAGUGAAUUCAAGGAGCUUGAUGAUGAACACAAAAUCUAUAAGGCUAAAACCAGUAGGGAUUUUAGCAGCAAAGGCAACAGUGUGUCAACACAGACAGACCAUGAAAUGGGAAACAAUCAAGUGCAGGAUUCUCGGCCGUCUUCGAAUUCGAAUUCGGAAAUUCUGAAAAGUAUGAACAUAGCAGCAGAUAUUAGAGAUCAAAGCGUUGAAAAUGAUCGUCCUAGUGGGAGGAUCAAAGCAGCUGCGGUUUUAAUGCAAUUGAUUGCUUGUGGAUCAAAGAGAGUCAAGGAUUUGGAAACAAUGGAAAUUAGGGGUUGAUGAGUUGAUGAGAGAAACUAGUGAUAUGCUAUGAAUCAUGAUGCAAAAAUGGUUAAAAUGUUCUUUUUUUUCAGUUUCAUGAAGGUGAAAAGAAAAUGUUGCCUACACCGUCUUCUUCUAUCUAAAUUCAAUGUUUUUUGAAGAACAAGAUAAUGGAUUAAGACUAGAACUUUGGAUAGUG